UACGCAAAACGCGUAUUGUGCAUUGAAAUACGCGCUCAUAUAAUUUGACAGUUGGUUGUCAUUCAAAGAGUAACAUAGUUUGCUCUCGUCAUUCAUAGAAAACGAAGACAAAGCAAAAAGUAAAACCAAUGUUACUUCUCGCACGCAUAAUCAAAUCGCAGCAACAAUGGAGCAUAAUACCAGUUAUUCAAAUGCGGAAAAAUGGAAUUGUAUUAAAAUAUACGAGCAGGAAUUUUGAAAAUUCAUGUGCCUAUAGCAGCAGCAGAAGCAGCGACACCACCAAAAGCAGCAGCGACAACUGGACGGGCAAUAGAAAGUUUAGUGUUUUGAAGGGGAGCGAUUUCGAUUUGAGUUGUGCGCCAGCGGAAAGACCGAAUUUAAGUGCUGACUUAAAUAAAAUGUUUCGACAAAGUGCAGUGAAUUUGUUGGAGCAACCAAGAGACAAGGUGACCCAAUGGCUGGAUUCUUUUGAUGCCGUCAUAACCGAUUGUGAUGGUGUACUAUGGGUUUAUAGCAACAUAAUUGAAGGUUCUGUCGAAACAAUGAAUCGUUUCAAAGAACUAGGAAAAAAAAUAUUUUUUUGUACAAAUAAUUCCACAAAAACCCGUACAGAAUUAUUAGAAAAAGCAGUCUUCUUAGGAUUUAGUAUAGAAGAGGAUAGCAUAAUAUCGACAGCUCAUUCCGCUGCAGCAUACCUCAAAAAUCGUAAUUUUAAUAAGAAAGUUUAUGUCAUUGGCACAACUGGUAUAACUAGAGAACUGGAUUCCGUUGGUAUCGAUCAUACACCAGUUGGGCCAGAUGUAAUGGAGGGUACACUGCAACAGUAUUUAUCGCAGCAUUUCAAGCCGGAAGAAAAUAUAGGUGCAGUUCUAAUUGGUUUCGAUGAACAUUUCAGUUUUCCGAAAAUGACUAAAGCUGCCUCAUAUUUAAGUGAUCCAGAUUGUUUAUUUAUUGCAACGAAUACCGAUGAGAGAUUUCCAAUGCCAAAUUUGGUUAUUCCCGGUACUGGCAGUUUUGUACGCGCUAUACAAACGUGUGCUGAACGUGAACCUUUAGUAAUAGGAAAACCUAAUCCUGGUAUAUGUGAAUGGUUGAUUAAGCGAAAUGUCAUUAAUCCAGCACGUACACUUAUGAUCGGUGAUCGUUGCAAUACAGAUGUAUUGCUCGGCUAUAAUUGUGGUUUCCAGACAUUGCUUGUUGGUACUGGCAUACAUCAUCUAAACGAUGUAGCAGAAUGGCAAUCUUCAACAGAUCCAGAAUUAAAAAAAUUAAUUCCAGAUGUGUAUUUGCCCAAACUUGGAGAUUUAUUGCAGUUUAUGUGAUGUAAUAUAAAGAGAAUCGGCAUAGCCAGAAAAGACGCUACUAUAAUUGGUUUAAUUUACUAAAAUGUAGAAAUGCUUCAAAUACAAUUUGUUAAAGGUUUUAAUUAUGUGUGAAUUAUGAAUUUGAAUUUUUUAAUGUAACAAAUAAUAGUAUACAAAAUAUUUAUUUUAUAAUUGCAAUUUUUUGUACUUGAUUUAUAUGACUAUGUGUAAUUUA